GGCACCACCAGCCCCCAUGGAGCGCGAGUACCAUCGCCCGGAGUUUGAGGGAGCGCUGCGCCCGCGCCCGAAACGCGCCGUCACCGACUAUGGCUCCACCACGGUGCAAUGGAUGCGCUCCCGCCGUCCGCGCUACAAAAACAUCCCCCGGCCAGAGGUAGAGCGGCCCAGCGCCAGCUACAUCGUCGACUUGCAGCCCCCCGCAGCGCGAAUCCCCAGCGCCGCCGAGUCCAUCCCUGCAAAGGCCGUCCACUCGUCCCUCAACAAGGUCAAGCAUCCCAUCAACGUGGUCAAAUGGACGCCAGAAGGCCGCCGCCUGCUCACUGGCUCCACGAGCGGUGAGUUCACGCUGUGGAACGGCAUGGGCUUCAACUUUGAAACCAUCAUGCAGGCCCAUGAAGCCGCCAUUCGCGCCGUCGAGUACACGUCUACCGACGACUGGCUGCUGUCCGCCGACCAGACGGGAGUGGUCAAGUACUGGCAGACCAACUUCAACAACGUCAAGGAGAUACAGGCACACACCGAGGCUGUGCGCGGGCUCGCAAUCGCCCCCACAGACUCCAAGUUUGUCACGUGCGCCGACGACACCACACUGAAGAUCUGGGACUUUGCGUCUAGCACAGAAGAGUCGACGCUGACAGGACAUGGAUGGGAAGUCAAGUCGGUCGACUGGCAUCCGCACAAGGGGCUGCUGGUGUCGGGGUCAAAGGACCACCAGGUCAAGUUCUGGGAUCCGCGGACAGGGCGCUGUCUGACGUCGCUUCAUGGACAUAAAAACCCAAUAUCAAAAACCAUGUUCGAGCCCGUCUCGGGAAACAUGCUAGCAACCUGCGCCCGUGAUCACACCGCCCGCAUCUUUGAUAUCAGAAUGAUGCGCGAUGUCCUGCUGCUCAAGGGCCAUGAGAAGGACAUCAUCACCAUGGCAUGGCAUCCCAUGCACAAGAACCUGCUGUCUACGGGUGGUGUGGAUGGCAGCAUACACCACUACCUCCUCGACGAGCAGAAUCCGCCGCCAGGCGUUGCGCCUUCGAUAUCGCCAUACGACGCUGCGGACUCUCAAAACGCCCCUUCGCAAACCAUAUACCCUGCACACAGCCUCCAAUACGCACACGACUUUACUGUCUGGACCAUGGACUGGCACCCGCUCGGCCAUAUCCUCGCGUCCGGCUCCAACGAUCGCGUCACACGCUUUUGGACACGCCCGCGACCAGGCGAUACAAACUACAUCAAUGACCGGUAUCACAUUGGCCAAGCCGCCGCCGAAGCCCAAGGCACGUUUGACCGCGGCCAGGGGCGGCGACAAAAGAUGGAGGAAGAAGAGCAAGAGGCCGAAGACGAAGCCGAAGGUCUCAUCGACCAAAAACUGCCUUCCAAGAACGCUGGUGCUCCCUUCCUUCCACCCGGCCUCUCGCUUCCAGGCCUCAGCGCACCUCCAGACGGCACUUCAAGCGCUCUCCCAGGCAUCGGGGGCACAAACCAACCUCCCAUCCCCCCACCACCCCCACCAGCAGGCCUGCCCUUUCUGCCUCAACCAAACGCUCCUGGUGCACCCCUGCCCCCCUUCUCUGGCAUGGACCCGUCGCGCAUCGCACAACUCAUCGCCUCGGGCACCUUACCGCCGCCGCCUCUUCCCCACGGCCAUGGUCCUCCCCCUCCAAACGGAAACGGUGCUCCUCCGCCUCCUUUCCCACCCCCGCCAAACUUUCCUGGUUUCCCUCAGGGAAUGCCCCCCGGUAUGCCUCCCCUGCCGCCUGGAAUGCCUCCACCGGGGUUUCCGGGCUUCCCUCCGCCUCCCGCCGGAUUGGGUGCUGCGCCGCCCCCGGGAUGGCCGGGUGCUCUGCCUACCCAGCAGCAGCAGCCGCCGCCACAGCAACCGUCACAGCAGCAGCAAGGGUUCAAUGGUGGACAGGCAGGAAUAGACGCGGCGGUGCGGAAGCGCGCACCAUUACCCGAUCAGCAGGAUGCGCUCAAGGCGGAGAUGAGCCAGGGUCGAUAUAGGAAGGCGAGGUAG